CGAGUAUGCUCCGCACUCUGCGUCUCGCACGGCUCUCGUCGCUAUCACCACCAGCAACAGCUCGACCAUUUCGCCGCCUCACCACGUCAGCAACCGCCAUGGCACCGCUACGAAUCGGCUUUGUGCCAGAGCACUUCUGUACCCCGCUUGAAUUCGCCAAGAAGCACUACAACCUCGAUGCAAAGCUGAUUCCCUUUCCAUCUGGCACUGGCCAUAUGGUGACAGCUCUGCAGUCCGACGAGAUUGAUAUAGGCGUUGGCCUGACCGAGGGCUGGAUUGCCGCGCUGGGCAAGGGACAAGCCGCGAAACAGGACGCCGGUUUUAGAAUCGUCGGCACCUACGUUGAAACGCCGCUCUGCUGGGCCAUAUCCACGGGCGCGCGCAGACAGGAGCUGCAGGGCGUGCAAGACCUCAAGGGCAAGAAAGUGGGUGUCUCGCGGAUUGGCAGCGGCAGCUAUGUCAUGAGCUUCGUGCUGGCAGACCAGCAGGGCUGGCUGAAUCCGUCUUCCGGCAGCCCUCCGUUUCCCGUCGAGGUACUCAACACAUUCUCCAACCUCCGCGACGGUGUCAAUGACAGCACAGCCGACUUUUUCAUGUGGGAGCACUUCACCUCGAAGCGCUACUACGACAAGGGCGAGAUCAAGCGCAUUGGCGAAAUCUACACGCCCUGGUCGUCAUGGAAAAUUGUCGCGGCGAACCAUCUCCUGACGCCAAAGAACUGGAGCUCGGCCCCAAAUGCCACCAAGCCCCCUCUCUCGCCUGAACUCGAGGACGUGCUAGACAAGAUUAACAAGGGCGUCAAACAUUUCGAAAACAACGUGGAGGAGUCUAUCCAGUUCAUCACGUCCAAGCUGGACUACUCGGAAGAAGACGCCAGGGAAUGGCUCAAGACGGUAGGCUUCUCCCAGGAGGUCAAGGGCGUAGACAAGGCAGUGGUAGACAAGACGGUUGGUAUUCUGCAGAAAGCCGGCGUGCUUGGUGAUGAGGUCGAUCAGUCAGACAUGAUCGGGCUUGAGCGGAAGGUAAACUAAGCAUCCGCCGCUAAUCCUCUUGGAGAAACUAUUCUAUUGGUGCGGUCAGCAAGUCCCGUCUUCUGCAUUCCGUGUCACGUUGGCUGCAGCACCAUGCUCGCAAUACUCUACAUAAGUGGUAAAGACUUGUUGUUG